CAAAUAAUUUGAGUGCAUGUGAUACGAGAGACGCACAAUUAUGAAUUCACGUGACGCGAGAACCGAUCUGAUUCUCAACAAAUACGGACUCUGCUCCUAUGUUGCCCCCGAGGUUCACCACUACCAGUUCAAGAAGAUCAAGUUUGUCAGGCCAGAGCGACAUGUCAGUAGCUACGUUAGAAGAUCCGGCGCCUACGACAUGGAACCUGUUUCUGUCUCCCGCAAGGAAAGGACAAGUUACGAUAGCAGCAGCUCGUUGAAGAGGGUUAACUCUAGCUCUAGACAAGAGGACGCAAGCUACGUUGGAUUUGGACCGGUGAGUUCUCACACCAGUGGGGUGAGUUCCCACACGAGUGGGCUCUACGAAACAAGGAGCAGUUACGGAUCAGGCGGUUACUCCUCAUCUUCUUCUUCUUAUUACCCGUCACGAUCAAGGAACUACAGCGCGGACCUGUCCGCAGACACGGCCGAUUACAGGACACGCUUAUCAGGAGGAGCUGUACACAGCACUUAUUCUUACUCACAUGCACCAAGGGACUACGAUGUAGAUAAAUGGUAUAUGAAAAAGUCUCAUUCGGAAUACGUGUACAGCCCCAGUGGCUCUAACGAAGCUGGAAGGAGUAAAGGCACAUAUAUUGGCGGAUCAUCAGCCGACUUUCCCACCAGACAAAGUAAGCGAGGAAGUGUCGACAAAACAGAAACAUCAACUGUAAUCAAAACAGAAACUAAAGAAGUGGAAGGGGGUGUAGUGGAGGCGCCUCUCUUUUCAGACUUAGAGAAGACAGUCGCAAAGUCACACCUUCUUGGCUACAGAGAUCUCGAGUCUAGGACUGGUAUUGAAGGGGGUUACUCCGGCAAAUACCGAUCCAACGACUACUACAGGAACGGCCGUCACAUCUCUGCUGACCACUCCUACAACCCUGACUACAAAUCAGAGUACAUCAGACCAAACAGUGACGGUACACUUGAUGCUGACAGGAUUCUGAUGUCGCUUCCUGCUUGGGAACGAGCCAGGUCCAGGACCACCCCCACCAACUACCACCACGUCUACCACAAGGACCUGAAGAACCCAGAGAGGGACCUCAGGCUGAUCAGUGCUGAAGGAGGAAGUGGAGCAGGAGUAGGAGGACCCCGCGCUCUGGCCCUUGCUCACUACUCCGGUGACAUCAAGGACAUGGACGAGCCUGAGUACGCCAAGUAUCUUUACCAACGUUACUUCGAGGUGUACGGAACAAGUAUGCCUUCAGAGAGACAUUCAGAUCGACAGGCCAUGAGAACUUACCUCCAUUAUGAGGAUCUCCCUUGGCUUCACACUGGUUAUCGUCGCUAUCCCCAUGGGUCAGGAUACCAGUAUAAAAGUGGAUAUGGAACUGAUGGAGACGCAGCAGGCGGUGCCAACUCCAGCAGCUCAACUACCAAAACCACUUACACGACCAAAUCCUCAACUUCAAACACCUCCGACCUGUACGGAGAACCAAAGUACGCUCACGGCCAAACCUCUGCUGCUGACCGUUACGGAGUGGGUAUUAGUCUAGACACUGCAGGCGGAAGAACCUCUGCUGCUGACCGAUAUGGAGUGGGUAUUAGUCUAGACACUGCAGGCGGAAGCUCCGCAGGAGGAAGCACGUACGACAGGAAGCGAACAGAGGGAUACAGCGCUGGUCCCGGAGGUGUAUCGAACAUCAAGUCAACAACAGAAUACACUACUAAUGAGACCACCAAGUCGGCUCCUAGAGAAUACUACACUCCUCUGAGCUACUCGCCAUCCAAGUACUCUUCUAGUUACAACACUUCCAGUCACACUUCCAGACCUACUGCUCACAGUACCACCUCCACCAGAUACGAGACCGAGCCAAGAGACUCUUCUUACACCACUUCCACUUCCAAGUACGAGUCUUCAUCCACCAAGCGAUCUUCUGACUACAAGCCAGGCUCCUACUCCACCUCUACUUCCUCCUACUCCUCUGAUUACAAGCCAAGCACCUACACUCCUUCUACCUCCGACUACAAGCCAAGCUCCUACACUCCUUCUACCACCGACUACAAGCCGAGCUCAUACACUCCUUCUACCUCCGACUACAAGCCAAGCUCAUACAGUCCCAGUAGCACUGACUACAAGCCAAGCACCUACACUCCUUCUACCUCCGACUACAAGCCAAGCUCCUACACUCCUCCUACCACCGACUACAAGCCAAGCUCAUACAGUCCCAGUAGCACUGACUACAAGCCAAGCACCUACACUCCUUCUACCUCCGACUACAAGCCAAGCGAGUACAGUCCCAGUAACACUGACUACAAGCCAAGCGAGUAUAGUCCCAGUAGCACUGACCGAAGCAGGGCCCCAGGUGACGAUACUCCUGCUGGAGAUAAACCUACCACCGGAGACUCUGCUCCACGAAAAUCUGGAUCUGCUCCACGAUCUGCUCCUUCAGGAGAUCUGUCUGAGCCAAUCACUAUGGAUGGAGAAGAUCUUCCUGACGAAGACCUUGGUGAUUUUUCAGUAGAGGAGGACAACAAGAAACCCGUCGAGAAAGGUGUCCAGCAGCCAAAAUCUACCGAUCUCAGUGGCGAAGAUGUUCCCAUGGAUGAUGAAUCAGGAGAUAUUCCUUCCGUCGGUGAGGACGUCAAGAAACCUGCUCAUGAAGCAGCACCUGGUCUUACUCUUGAAGGAGAAGACGUUCCUGUUGAAGAAAAUGGAUUACCAUCUGUAGAAAUGGACCAGAAAAAGCCUGUUGAGAAAUCUGUCAAACCUGGAGACGGUCUCGAAUCAGCUGAUCUCCCAUCUGAAGAUAUUCCAAUGGAUGACAUGUCCGGAAUCCCAAGUAUUGAUAUGGAUGAGAAGGCCCCAGUCAAGAAUGCCGCACCUGUAGCUGCUGCUCCAGCCGACAAACCAUCUGUUCUUGAUUCAGAGGACUUGCCCAUGGAGGAAGUCCCUAUGGAUGACGACUCUGGAUUACCUUCCAUUGAUGCCGACAAGAAGAAACAAGUUAAGGAUGCCGCACCUGUAGCUGGUAAGCCAAAGGAUUCUGCUCCAGCUGACAAACCAUCCGUUCUUGAAUCGGAGGACUUGCCCAUGGAGGAAGUCCCUAUGGAUGAUGGUUCUGGAUUACCUUCCAUUGAUGCUGACAAGAAGAAACAAGUUAAGGAUGCCGCACCUGUCGAAACCAAGCCAGCUGAGGAAGUCAAGUCUAAAGUAGACCCCAAAAAGGCUGCUCAAGAUGCUAGAGACGCCAAAAAGAAGGCUGAUGAAGAAGCCAAGGCCGCAAAGAAAGCUGCACAAGAAAAGAAAAUAGCUGAUGCCAAGAAAAAGAUGGAAGAAAAGAAAGCCGCAGCAGCAGAGAAAAAGAAGGCCGAUGAAGAAGCCAAGAAGAAAGCUGACGCAGAUGCUAAAAAGAAGGUUGAAGAAGACGCUAAAAAGAAGGUUGAAGAAGACGCUAAAAAUAAGACUGAAGAAGAUGCCAAGAAGAAGGCCGUAGAAGAUGCUAAGAAGAAGCCUGAGGAGAAGAAGCCUGAGGAGAAGAAACCUGAGGAGAAGAAACCUGAGGAGAAGAAACCUGAGGAGAAGAAACCUGAGGAGAAGAAACCCGAGGAGAAGAAACCCGAGGAGAAGAAACCUGAGGAGAAGAAACCUGAGGAGAAGAAACCUGAGGAGAAGAAACCUGAGGAGAAGAAACCUACUGGAUUGACUGGAAAAGAAAAACUUCUGUCUGAUCUUCCUGAAGAAACCAUGCAGGCUAUCUUGCGUUGUAUUGAGGGAGGAGAGAUGGACUUCCCUGGUCUGGAUUUGGAUAUAUCCGUAACUGAAGCUAUCAAGAGGAACGUUGCUAAAGUUAACCUUGAUGAGGAACAGAACAUCAUCAUUAACUUCUUUAACAGCCCAUCUGCCAAACAACCCACAUCGUUGAAACUUAACAUUAAGGGCGAGAAGGUCAAAGCUGAAGUAACCAACCCUCGUGACGGUCGAGUGAAGCUUGACAAGAUUGAGGUUGAUGAAAACAAAAAGCCAUCCAAAAUUCACGUUGCGUUUACUCCACAGGGCAAGCGUUCACCUCUGAACUUUGUCUUCGACAUUAAAGAUGGUGUCAUGAGCAUGAGUAAGUCUGAUCUUGAUCCUAACAAUGUUUACCUCUAUCUUACUGAUGCUGAUCCUAUCCGCAAGAAGCUUAACCCCAAGGAAAAGAGAGCAAAAGAAGCUAUCAUUUCGAUUAAUCUCCAGGACGGUAAGACCCAUGAAGUUAAACUGAAGUACGGAAAAGGAGACUGCCUCGCUGAAGUGCUCAACGGUACCUCCGACUGCAAAGUCACCAAGGUACUCAAAGACAAGAAGGGAGAUCCCGAGCUAGUCACCAUUGCCGUAACCCCUAAGGGAUGUGACAAACCUAUGUAUCUCACCUUCAAAAUCGGAGAUGGUGUUAUUGACCUUGUAAACAUUGAGUACGGUGGCCAACCUAUGCCCCUUAAGAGAGGCAAGGAUGGUUCUCUUCAACUCACUAUUCCCGGAUUGACUCCUGAAAGAAUAGUCGAACUCAACAUGAAACUCGGACCCAAAGAUACUGAUACCUCUAAAGUCACUCUUAACUUCCCUGACGGCAAGACCUGUACUGCUACAUCUGAUGACAAGUCAACUGUAACCCUUGUGGACUUCAAAUAUGACGACAAAGGCACACCCUUAUCUGCUGUCAUUGAUGUGACCCCCAAAGGAAAGGACAAGCCCAUGAAAUUUACUGUAGCCUUCAAGGAAGGUGUACCAACAGUCACCAUGGUACCCGGCGAGGAACCAGAAGACGAGGGACAAGAGCUCUUAGUCAGGUUCAAGCUGUCUCCUGAUGACAAGGAACCUUGUGAAGUCAAGAUGGUCAUCAAGGACGGCAAACUCACUGCCACCGGCGACAAGAAGGCAGAUGUCAAGGUUGUCAGCUCCAAAUUCGACGGAAACGGUGAACCAACCGAGAUCAAGCUUGAGCUUACCCCCAAGGGAGGAAAACCUUCUCUGUUCUUCACCUGCUCUAUCAAGGAUGGCGACCUCAGUGUUAGCCAGGAUGCCCCAGCUAAACCAACAGCCGCUGCUCCAACUGAACCUGCAGAACCCACCGAGCAGGAACUUGUGGUUAGGUUCAAACUGGACCCUGCCAAGGACCCGUGUGUUGUGAAGAUCGGUAUUCUCGGUGAUGAAUGCGCCGCUAUCGGUGAUAAGCAGGCUACAGCUGAUGUUGUUGACUUUAAGUGCUCACCAACCGGAGACCCAGAGUACAUCAGACUCAGACUGGAUCCUUCCGAUGGAUCUGAGGGUAUAUUCUUUGUCCUUCGAUUCAUUGAUGGAAAACUCUCUGUCGAACAAGAAGACUUACCAGCUGAUGCUGACCUUGGAAACAUGGGACUGCAACACUCGUCCGCCGAGCAGAGCAUGGUAGUCAGGUUCAAGCUGUCCCCUGAGGACCCCAACCCUUGUGAGGUUGUUCUGAGGAUGACUCCCGAGAACUGUACUGCUUCCUCUGACGGCAAGGCUAAUGUCAGUGUCAUGGAAUACGUGUGCAACAACGACGGAGAUCCUGAACUGAUCAAGCUUCAACUGACUCCUCAAGGCUCCACAGAGUCUCUCUACUUCAUCCUGAGAUUUGUUGACGGUCAAGUUAACGUGGAAAGUGUGGAUGCUCCUGCUGAUGCUAGGAAGAAGCUUAACGCUAAGGACUACCCCGCCAAGUUACUGUCCCUGAAGAUGCUCCUGAAGGAAUCUGACAAGGUUCCAGUAGAGCUGAACCUCAAGUGCCAGGGACCUCUGGUUUCUGCUGCUGAACCUACUGAGGUGUACAGAGUUCUCAGCACUGAACCCAACAAGGAAUCCGGCAUUGCUGAGGUCAUCAACGUGCAGAUCACACAUCCUAAGACCGCCGAGGUGUACUUGCUGAGGAUGAAGAUGAUUGACGAUCAAGUGACUAUCGAAGGAGUCGAGAUGUUCGAUCUUGACAAGAUAGAUCAAUACCUCAAGAUCUGCUUCCCUAACAACCCUAGCAAGAUUAGGGAAGUCAAGAAGGAGCUCGCUAAGACUGACAAGAAGGACGUUCUGAAGGUUGUGUUGCAACAUGGUGCCCGUGGAACAGUCGUUACUACCGGUAACGUGACUUGACAUCGGUCCAAUGAAAGAGAUCUGAGAAAGAUCAACGUUGCUUCUUCCUUCGAAGAACCCGAGGGUUACACCUUGGAUGAUGAACUCACCCUAGAAGUUCCUCAGGAAGAUAAGAAACCUGUUGAAGCUGGUGCUCCUAAGGCUGCUCCUAAGGCUGCUCCUAAGGAUAGUGCUCCAGCACCUGAAGCUAAGCCAGAAGAAGCUCCUAAAGCUGAAGAGAAACCUAAGCCCGAGGAGAAAAAGGCUCCAUCAAAACCUAAAAAGCCUUGGGAGAAAACUGCUGACGAGAAGAAAGAGGAGAAGAAGGAACCUGCAUGGAAGAAGAAGAAGCCAGAAGAAAAACCAGCUGAAGAAAAACCGAAGAGGAACCUGCAUGGAAGAAGAAGAAAGAGCCAAAGAAAGCAGAAGAGCCCAUACCUGAACCCAAAAAGGAAGAGCCAGCUGCACCUAAACCUGCAGAGCCAAAGGCUGCACCAAAAUCUGCUGCUCAGCCAGAGCUUAGCAUCAGAAGAUUUGCCAGAAGAACCUGAAGACUCUCUCCCUACUGCUGAAGAGGAUAGAAAGGAAGCUGUCCAGAAAGCUCCAGGAGCAGAUAAGAAACCUGCUUCACUGGCCCCUGAGCCUGCUAAGCUUGUACAGCCGGAGCUCUUAGAAUCGGAAGAUUUACCAGAAGAACCUGAAGACUCUCUCCCUACUGCUGAAGAGGAUAGAAAGGAAGCUGUGCAGAAAGCUCCUGUAGCUGUUGAUAAGAAGCCUGUUGCUCCUAAGGACGCUCCUAAGGAUAGCGCUCCCAAAGCUGAAGAUAAGCCUAAACCAGAAGAGAAAAAGGCUCCAUCAAAACCCAAAAAACCUUGGGAGAAAACUGCUGACGAGAAGAAGAAGCCAGAAGAAAAACCAGCUGAAGAAAAACCAAAGGAACCUGCAUGGAAGAAGAAGAAAGAGCCAAAGAAAGCAGAAGAGCCCAUACCUGAACCCAAAAAGGAAGAGCCAGCUGCACCUAAACCUGCAGAGCCAAAGGCUGCACCAAAAUCUGCUGCUCAGCCAGAACUCUUAGAAUCUGAAGAUUUACCAGAAGAACCUGAAGACUCUCUCCCUACUGCUGAAGAGGAUAGAAAGGAAGCUGUGCAGAAAGCUCCUGUAGCUGUUGAUAAGAAGCCUGUUGCCCCUAAGGACGCUCCUAAAGACGCCCCUAAGGAUGCCCCAAAAGAGGAUAAGCCAGAAGAAAUCGACCUUGAAGAAUUCUCCAUGGAAGACCUUGUGAUAGAUCUGGAAGCUGAUGAUCUCCAAUUGGAAACAGCACCAGAAUUAGAAGCCCCUCCAUCAACUUUGCAGCCUCUGAACAGCAAGCCUGAAGAGAAAAAGCCUGCUGAGAAAAAGCCUGCCGAAGAACCUGUCUCUAAGAAACCACAAGAAAAACCCGAAGCAAAGCCUGAGGCUCCCAAACAGACUGAAGACUCUAAGCCAGAAAGUGGUGUACUUUUACCAGAAGGUGUUGAUCAAGACGCUCUUACAAAGGCACCAGAUGGGUCCUACCACCUCAUCAUGUCUGAAGUACAAUGGACUACCAUGCAAUCAAACCAAGCCCUGAGCGGUAUGAAUGUGAAGGCCACCAAAGGCCCCGAUGGAAGGUUCACCAUAGUGAUGGACAGGACCCAGUGGCAGCAGAUGCAGAUAAACAUGAAGAUGGUGUAUACCCAGACCAUUAUGCAGCAGAUUAAUGUCCAGGCUCAGCCAGGCGGUGGGUAUAUACUAAUAACGAAGCCUAAUGAGUACGAUAUCCUGAACACUAUUGGAGCAUUUAGAGGCCUCAACGUGUCGCACGAUAUCGGCACUGGAGGCAAUUACCAUAUCAAGCUGACCAGUGCUGAAUGGAGCACCUUCCAAGUUAACCUUGGAGCUACAGGAGAUGGAGCAUACAGUCUGAAGCUGACUCCAGCUCAAUUCGAGCAGUUCAAGACUGCCGGAUUCUUCAACGGACUCAAACUUCAACCUACAACCGAGCCUAACGGUGAUUACGUGAUCAACAUGAGCCCGGAGGAGUACAAGAUCUUCCAGGAUAACCAAAAUAAACCACAGGCUGCCCCCGAGGAGCCCGCUGACGAUUCUUCUAUUAGUGUCACUCAGGACCCAAGUGGUAAGUUUGUCCUGAAAAUCCCUGCUCCAAUGUGGAAGAUCAUCCAACAAAACAAAGGAUUUGAUGGAAUCAAGCCAACACCCAACCCUAAAUCGAAUCCUGAUGGCAGUCGCACCGUGAAGCUCUCCCCUAAACAGUGGCAGAUCUUCCAAAACAACCAGAAGAAAGCACCAAUUCCUGUUCCAGCAGAACCUGAAACUGGAAAGCCAGCUGAUAAGCCAGCUGAUAAACCAGCUGAUAAACCAGCUGAUAAGCCAGCAGAUAAGCCUACUGAUGAGAUCUCUGUAACUAAAGACCCCAGUGGUAAAUUCGUCCUACAAAUCCCUGCUCCAUUGUGGAAGAUCAUCCAACAAAACAAAGGAUUUGACGGAAUCAAACCAACACCCAACCCUAAAUCGAACCCCGAUGGUAGUCGCACCGUGAAGCUCUCUCCUAAACAGUGGCAGAUCUUCCAAGACAACCAGAAGAAGGCACCAAUUCCAGUUCCAGCAGAACCUGAAACUGGAAAGCCAGCUGAUAAACCAGCAGAUAAGCCAGCAGAUAAGCCUGCAGAUAAGCCAGCAGAUAAGCCAGCUGAUGACACCAUAUCCGUCACUCAAGAUCCCAGUGGUAAGACUGUCCUACAAAUACCCGCACCAUUGUGGAAGAUUCUGGUACAAAACAAGAGAUUUGAGGGAAUCAGACCAACUCCGAACCCCAAACCUAAUCCUGAUGGCAGCUACACUGUGAAACUGACUACAACUCAGUUCAAGGUGUUCGAGGAGAACCAGAAGAAGCCCGCAAUUCCCGUUCCAGCAGAACCUGCAAAACCUGGACAGGAACCUAAAAAACCGGAGGAGAAACCUGUAGACGAGAUUACCGUAACAAAAGAGCCCAGUGGUAAGACUGUUUUACAAAUACCUGCUCCAUUGUGGACGAUACUGGUACAAAACAAGAGAUUCGAGGGAAUUAGACCAACUCCGAACCCCAAACCCAAUCCUGAUGGAAGUUACACUGUGAAACUGACUACAACUCAGUUCAAGGUGUUCGAGGAGAACCAGAAGAAGUCCGCAAUUCCUGUUCCAGCAGAACCUGCAAAACCUGCUCCUGGAAAGGAACCUGAACCUGCAAAACCUGCUCCUGGACAAGAACCUGAGAAACCUGCUCCUGGAAAGGAGCCUAAGGAAUCUACUCCUGCACCGAAGAAAAAACCUGAUGAAAAGAUUAAAAUAGAGAAAGACUUCCGUGGACACUACAUCUUACAAAUCCCUGCGUCUCUGUGGAAAACUCUGCAAACCAACGAACGGUUUAAAGGAAUCAAACCUACUCCCAAUGCUCAACCUAACCCUGACGGCGGCUACACUGUGAAACUCAACCCUCGACAGUAUCAGAUCUUCCAGAACAACAUGAAGAAACCUGCUAUGUUGGUUCCAGUAGACGAUUCCGUUCCCAAGAAAGUGCCCUCUGACCAACCCGGAGAUAACAUCGUCGUAGAGAAGGAUCCCAGUGGUAAGUUUGUCCUGCAAAUACCUGCACCGUUGUGGACGAUACUGAUUCAAAACAAGAGAUUUGAGGGAAUCAAACCAACACCCAACCCCAAGCCCAAUGCUGAUGACAGUCGCACCGUGAAGCUUACCCCUGCCCAGUGGCAGAUCUUCCAGGAUAACCAGAAGAAACCCGCAAUUCCUGUCCCAGCAACUGAGCCUGGAAAGGAACCAUCUUCUGAGAAACCUUCAAAUGUUCCUCAGCUCGCAGAAGAGUCUGUUCCUGAAACAAAGGAUAUGCCAACUCCAUCACUUACAGAAGAGUCGGCCCCCAAAACAGAACAAGAGCCAACUCCAUCACUUACAGAAGAGUCGGCCCCCAAAACAGAACAAGAGCCAACACCAACUCUGAAAAAUGAAGCGGCCCCUAAAACAAAACAAGAGCCAGAACCAGCUAGCAAAGACGAACCUGCCCCGGCUCCUAAAGAUGAGAAAACUCCAGCUCAGAAGAAAGAGCCGGCACCAGCUGUGAAAAAAGAAAAAGCUCCAGCUCAAUUGGUCCUUGAUCAUAUCCGCAUCCAAAAAGACCGUGGUAAAUAUCUCAUAAACAUUCCCGGAAACAUGUGGAGAAUCCUCAAAACCAUCAAUGCGUUCCAAGGAAUCAAACCAACACCUAACCCAUAUCCUAUUUCGGACGGAAGCUACAAUCUCAAGCUGAACCCAAUUCAUUACAACAUCUUCAUGGAGAACAUGAAGAAAUUGAUCAAAGCUCAUGAUGCUGCACCAGCCGAAGAACCAAAACCUGAGGCUGCUAAGCCUGAAGCUGCUAAGCCUGAAGCUGCUAAGCCUGAAGCUGCUAAGCCUGAAGCUGCCAAGCCUGAAGCUGCCAAGCCUGAAGCUGCUAAACCUGAAGCUACUAAACCUGAAGCUGAAAAACCAGCUGAUAAGCCAGCUGAUAAACCAGCUGAUAAGCCAGCAGAUAAGCCCUCUGAUGAGAUCUCUGUAACUAAAGAUCCCAGUGGUAAGUUUGUUUUGCAAAUCCCUGCUGCAAUGUGGAAGAUCAUCAUCCAAAACAAAGGAUUUGACGGAAUCAAGCCAACACCCAAUCCUAAACCUAAUACUGAUGGCAGUUACACUGUGAAGCUCUCCCCUAAACAGUGGCAGAUCUUCCAAGACAACCAGAAGAAGGCACCAAUUCCUGUUCCAGCAGAACCUAAAAAUAAUGGACAAGAGCCAGCUGAUAAGCCAGCUGAUCAACCUGCUGAUAAACCAGCUGAUAAACCAGCAGAUGAGAUCUCUGUAACUAAGGAUCCCAGUGGUAAGACUGUUCUACAAAUACCUGCACAAUUAUGGACGAUACUGGUACAAAACAAGAGAUUUGAGGGAAUCAGACCAACUCCGAACCCCAAACCAAAUCCCGAUGGCAGCUACACUGUGAAACUGACCACUAUUCAGUGGAAGGUCUUCCAAGAGAACCAGAAGAAGCCUGCAGUUCCUGUUCCAGCAGAACCUGAACCUGCUAAAUCUGCUCCUGGAAAGGAACCUGAAAAACCUGAAGAUAAACCCACAGAAGAAAUAACCGUAACAAAAGAGCCCAGUGGUAAGACUGUUCUACAAAUACCUGCACAAUUGUGGACGAUACUGGUACAAAACAAGAGAUUUGAGGGAAUCAAACCAACCCCGAACCCCAAACCAAAUCCUGAUGGCAGUUACACUGUGAAACUGACUACUAUUCAGUGGAAGGUCUUCCAAGAGAACCAGAAGAAGCCUGCAGUUCCUGUUCCAGCAGAACCUGCAAAACCUUCUCCUGGACAGGAACCAGAAGAAAAGCCGACCGGAGUAGAAAUUACCGUAACACAAGCGCCCAGUGGUAAGUAUAUUCUACAAAUACCUGCGACUUUGUGGACAAUACUGGUACAAAACAAGAGAUUUGAGGGAAUCAGACCAACUCCAAACCCCAAACCCAAUCCUGAUGGCAGCUACACUGUGACGCUAACUACGACUCAGUUCAAGGUGUUCGAGGAGAACCAGAAGAAGCCUGCAGUUCCUGUUCCAGCAGAACUUGAAAAACCUUCUCCUGGACAGGAACCAGAAGAAAAGCCGACCGGAGUAGAUAUUACCGUAACCCAAGCGCCCAGUGGUAAGUAUAUUCUACAAAUACCUGCGACUUUGUGGACGAUACUGGUACAAAACAAGAGAUUUGAGGGAAUCAAACCAACUCCGAACCCCAAACCUAAUCCUGAUGGCACUUACACUGUGACGCUGACCACUAUUCAGUGGAAGGUCUUCCAAGAAAACCAGAAGAAACCUGCAGUUCUUGUUCCAGCAGAACCUGCAAAACCUGCUUCUGGACAAGAACCAGAAGAAAAGCCGACCGGAGUAGAAAUUUCCGUAACACAAGCGCCCAGUGGUAAGUAUAUUCUACAAAUCCCUGCAACCUUGUGGAUAAUUCUGGUACAAAACAAGAGAUUUGAGGGAAUCAAACCAACUCCAAACCCCAAACCUAAUCCUGAUGGCAGCUACACUGUGACACUGACUAUAACUCAGUUCAAAGUGUUCGAGGAGAACCAGAAGAAGCCCGCAAUUCCUGUUUUAGUUGAACAGACCGAUGUCAGUGUGUCCGUGACCCAGGAACCCAGUGGUAAAUACGUUUUACAAAUCCCUGCAACUGUGUGGACAAUCUUAAUACAAAACAAGAGAUUUGAGGGAAUCAGACCAACCCCCAACCCCAAACCUAAUCCUGAUGGCAGUUACACUGUGAAACUGACUACAACUCAGUUCAAGGUCUUCCAAGAGAACCAGAAGAAACCCGCAAUUCCUGUUCAAGCUGAACCUGAACCUGGAAAAGAACCAUCUGUAGAUAUCUCUUUAACUAAGGAGAUCAGUGGUAAGUUCGUUCUGCAAAUCCCUGCUGCAAUGUGGCGGAUCAUCAUCCAAAACAACGGAUUCGAGGGUAUCAAACCAACACCCAACCCCAAACCUAAUGCUGAUGGCAGCUACACCGUGAAGCUGACAACUACCCAAUGGCAGAUCUUCCAAGAGAACCAGAAGAAGGCCCCAGUUUCUGCUCCUGAACAAGCACCAGAUGAUGACAGCGUAACAGCUUCAAAGGAUCCCAGUGGUAAUUACAUCUUACGUAUCCCCGGAUCGCUCUGGAUUGUCAUCCAGCAAAACAACGGAUUUGAAGGAAUCAAACCUGCCCCACAAUCUAAACCUAACGAAGACGGUAGUUUCACCGUGAAGCUAACCCCUGCCCAGUGGCUGAUCUUCCAAGAGAACCAGAAGAAGGCCCCAGUUCCUGCUCCUGAACAAGCACCAGAUGAUGACAGUGUAACAGCUUCAAAGGAUCCCAGUGGUAAUUACAUUUUACGUAUCCCCGGAUCGCUCUGGAUUGUCAUCCAGCAAAACAACGGAUUUGAAGGAAUCAAACCUGCCCCACAAUCUAAACCUAACGAAGACGGUAGUUUCACCGUGAAGCUAACCCCUGCCCAGUGGCUGAUCUUCCAAGAGAACCAGAAGAAGGCCCCAGUCCCUGCCCCAGCACAACCUGCUGGAGAACAGCCAUCUGCAUCAGAUAUCUCUGUAGAGCAGGACCGCAGUGGAAACUACAUCCUGAUGAUCCCCGGAUCAAUGUGGACAGUCCUUCAAACUAACGAGAGGUUCGAGGGAAUCAAGCCAACCCCCAACCCUGCCCCUGGCGCUGACGGUGUCAGAGCUGUUAAGUUGACCCCUGCUCAGUUUGAGAUCUUCCAGGCCAACAUGAAGAAACCCUCCAUGUUGGUCCCAGUGGGCGAUUCUGUAGCUGAGAAAGUGAGGGCUGAUCAGCCAGGAGACAACAUUUCCGUACAACAAGAUCCUAGUGGAAAGUUUGUUCUCCGAAUUCCCGCUGGAAUGUGGAAGAUUAUCCAGCAAAACAACGGAUUCGCUGGAAUCACCCCCACACCCAACCCUGCUCCUGGAGCUGACGGUAGCUACACUGUCUCGCUUAAUGCUGCUGAAUGGCAGAUCUUCCAAGACAACCAGAAGAAGCCAGCAGUUGCUCAACCAGCCCCAGCUGCCGCUGCACCUGCCGGUGCACCUGCCGGUGCUCCUGCCGGUGCUCCUGCCGGUGCUCCUGCUUCAGGAGACAACAUUUCAGUUGCACAGGAUGCUAGUGGAAGGUUUAUCCUCUCAAUCCCCGCUGGAUUGUGGAAUAUAAUCCAAGCUAACAACGGAUUCGCUGGAAUCGCCCCAACACCCAACCCUGCACCUAACGCUGACGGUAGCUACACUGUGUCCCUAGAUGCUGCUCAAUGGCAGAUCUUCCAAGACAACCAGAACAAGCCUGCUGAACCAGUUGUAGAGGGUGUUAACAUCACCAGGGAUAACAGUGGCAACUACAUCCUGAAGUUCCACAAACAACACUACGAGACCCUGAUGAAGAACGGAGGAUUCGAAGGAAUCACCGCUUCUCCCCAACAAAAUGGUGGUAUCUACACUCUGAUGCUGACCGAGGCUCAGAUGAAGCAGUUCAACGACAACCAGGAGAAGAUCAACCAGGAAGGAGAUGACAGUAUCUCAGUGUCUCUGCAAGCCAGUGGAGACUACAUGUUGCACAUCCCUGCCCCACUGUGGAAGAUGAUUCAACUCUCUAACGGGUUCGCGGGUAUCAACCUGUCCCCGGCCCCUGUUGCCAGCGCUGACGGAAGUUACAACGUCCAGCUGAGCCCAGCUGAGUGGAACAUCUUCCAAGAGAACCAGGCUAAAGCUGGUUCCCAAGCUAAGGAUAGCAGUCCGCCCGGCGAAAAUGAGAUCUCCGUAUCUAUAGAUGCUAGUGGUUACUAUGUGCUGAACCUGACAGCUCAGCAGUACAAAUCGAUGCAGUCCUCAUUUGCUGGCAUCAAUGUAAAGCCAACCACCGGUAGCGGUGGUAAAAUGACAUUCAGAUUGACUGAACCCCAGUGGCAGCAGUUCCAAGCUAACCAAGCUAAAGCUGCUUCCGGCCAAGGUUCUCAGCCUGAGAGUAGCAGCGAACCUGGACAAAUCUCCGUAUCUAGAGAUUCGAGUGGUUACUAUGUGCUAGACCUGACAGCUCAGCAGUACAAAUCGAUGCAGUCCUCAUUUGCUGGUAUCGAUGUAACACCCACUACUGGUAGCGGAGGUAAAAUGACCUUCAGACUGAGUGAGGCCCAGUGGCAGCAGUUCCAAGCUAACCAAGCUAACCCUGGUUCUCAGUCUGAAAGUAGCAGCGAACCUGGACAAAUCUCCGUAUCUAGAGAUUCGAGUGGUUACUAUGUGCUGAACCUGACCGCUCAGCAGUACAAAUCGAUGCAGUCCUCAUUUGCUGGUAUCGAUGUAACACCCACUACUGGUAGUGGUGGUAAAAUGACAUUCAGACUGACUGAGGCCCAGUGGCAGCAGUUCCAAGCUAACCAAGCUAACCCUGGUUCUCAGUCCGAAAGUAGCAGCGAACCUGGACAAAUCUCCGUAUCUAGAGAUUCGAGUGGUUACUAUGUGCUGAAUCUAACAGCUGAGCAGUACAAAUCGAUGCAGUCCUCAUUUGCUGGUAUCGAUGUAACACCCACUACUGGUAGUGGUGGUAAAAUGACAUUCAGACUGACUGAGGCCCAGUGGCAGCAGUUCCAAGCUAACCAAGCUAACCCUGGUUCUCAGUCCGAAAGUAGCAGCGAACCUGGACAAAUCUCCGUAUCUAGAGAUUCGAGUGGUUACUAUGUGCUGAACCUAACAGCUGAGCAGUACAAAUCGAUGCAGUCCUCAUUUGCUGGUAUCGAUGUAACACCCACUACUGGUAGCGGAGGUAAAAUGACCUUCAGACUGAGUGAGGCCCAGUGGCAGCAGUUCCAAGCUAACCAAGCUAACCCUGGUUCUCAGUCCGAAAGUAGCAGCGAACCUGGACAAAUCUCCGUAUCUAGAGAUUCGAGUGGUUACUAUGUGAUAGACCUGACGACUGACCAAUACAGCAUGAUGAAGUCCUCAUUUGCUGGUAUUGAUGUAAAGCCCACUACUGGUAGCGGUGGUAAAAUGACAUUCAAGCUGAGUGAGGCUCAGUGGCAGCAGUUCCAAGCUAACCAAGCUAAAGCUGCUUCCGGCCAAGCCCCAGCAUCAGAAGCAUCGGAAGCAUCGGAAGAAUCCGAGGUAGUCCUGAACGUGGACACAGCCUCGUUCGAGGCACUCAAAGGAAUGGGCUCGUUUGAAGGUGUGCGCUACUCGUCCACCCAGGAGGGGGACAUUGUCUCCGUGACACUCUCCCAGGCAGAGUUCGAGAAAUUCCAGGCCAAACAGGGAUCCAAUGUCAGCAUCGGACACGACGAAUUAAGCGCUGAUGGAGGAAUGGAUGUCGGUAAAGUUAAGAUCCCAGACUUCGACAAAGAUACCGAGAAACAACAGAGAGAAGUUGGAAAACUUAACAUGGAGGUUCCUGAACCUAAAGCUGCACUUAAGAGACGGGAGAGUGGAAAGUUAAAUACAAAAUUCGGCAAACCUAAAGAAGCAGUGAAAGACGAAGCUGCACCCAAGCCGGCGAAGAAAGUUGGAAAACUUAACAAUCCCUUCGCGGAGAAACAAGGAAAAUCUUCACCUGCUCCCGCCAGGCGAGGAACCGGUAAGGUCUCCUCACGAUUUGGAAGCAAGUUCGGAGGAAGCGGUCUUCAGAAUGACGGUGGAAGCGAGAUCCUCAAGAGCAGUAUGACGGAGUCUAAGCGCUCUGUGCGAGGUCCUAACAGACGCGCACCCUCGUCUAACCCGGUCAAGAACUUGGAGAAGAGGAAGGAUGUUUCCAAAGACUAUCGAGCUGCCUCGGAGAUGAAGGAGAUGACUGACGAUUUCAUAAAGGAUUAUCUGGGACCAGGACUCUCGAAGGCGGCGGAUCUAGACGGUAUGAGUCCCCGACCUAGUCCUACACCUCUGGGGAAGAAGAGAGAUACAAGCAACAACAAAGGUCUUGCUAACGAAGCAGUAGACGCAUUACAAGCAACAGAGGACUAUUCUAAAGUAAAACUAAACAAAGGACACACACAGAAAGCAGUUAAAGAAGUAGCUGGAGGGAGAGAACAACUCCAUGAUACUGUCUUAGUGCAGAUCAAAGGUAAGCAGAGUAUGCAGACCCGGCUGGUAGCCCCUCACUUCAGCUCCCUGAAUAGUUAUGAGACCUUCUUACUGAUCACCCCUAACACUCUCUACCAGUUCAAUGGUAAACACGCCUCCGUCUUGAAGAAGAGCAAGGGAACAGAACUUGUUACUGCUAUCACCGUCGCUAGAGAGUUCAAGUGCAUGGCUGAUAAGGUAACAGUGUUGGAACAAGUCAGAGGAAGUUAUCUCAUAAGACACUUCAAUAAACAUCUCAAGAUCCAAAACGAAAACGAAGAGGUUUCCGAGAAACUAGUAGACGAUGAAGAGUACGAAAAGGAACAGAACGGAGCUAACGUAGGGUACGUGUUGGACGAGGAGAUGAAGGACUUUACCAUGGUUCCUGAACUCAGUGGUAAACGACUCAAGCACCACCGGUUAAAGGAUUCUCAGAUCUACUGCAUGGACUACGGACCAGAGGUUUACGUUUGGAUCGGACGUAGUGCAGACAGGGGUGCCAGGAAGAACGCAAUGAUAGCCGGGCGACAGAUCUGGGAUUCCAGGCCGAGACCUUCCUGGGGUAUAUUCCAGAGGAUUGCAGGGGGCCUGGAGCACUCUCUCUUCAGGGAGAAGUUCAAAGACUGGCCUGACGUGAACGCUUUGAAUGUGCUCAAGGUUAAAAACCCUUGUGCUCCUAAGAAGCCUUUAUUCCAGGACACGAUAACAUUUGUAGACAUGGAACCUUGUGAUGCUGAGCAGAUGAGAGCCCCUCUUCCUGAGACUCCUGCUGGGCUUGUGCUCGAGAUGACUGAUGUAGGCAGAGGAGACGGAGUACCUACUGAUCUUUUCAAGGACAUAUUUGGACACGAUGUGGAAACCAGAAGUGUAGAGAUGUGGAGGAUUACUGAUAACAGUUACGAAGAGUACCCUAAAGAUCUGUACGGUGAACUGUACUCAGGGGAAUCAUUCAUCAUCAGAUGGGCCUACCGGGUCAUGCAAGGAGGUAAGAAGCAAGACCACGACACAGGCCGAGACAGGGCUGCAUUCUUCUUCUGGCAAGGCGCAGACUGUUCAAUCAAAGAAAAGGGAAAAUCUGCUUUUCUUACUGUCAGAGUGGAUUCCGAGAGAGCUCCACAGAUACAACUAGAUCAGUCAACUGAACCUCCAGCCUUCUUGCAGAUCUUCGAUGGUUCUAUGGUUACUUUCAAAGGAAAGAUAAGUGACCAGGGUUCCGCUGAUAAGAGAAGGAGAAUGUUCCUGUACCGUGGGGAAGUGGAAAAAGAGGGUUCUCUAACCGAACUCCCCAACAUUACGAGCUCCAGUCUGAGAUCACGAGGCUCCUUUAUAAUCCAGGACGGAGAGACGAUGUUUUACGUGUGGCACGGGUGUAAGAGUAGAGCUCACACCGUAGCCGGCUCCUUCAGUGCUGCUAACAAACUGGCCCAGCGGGUUACUUGUAAUGAUAAACCUACUGUUCUGGAAGUUCAGGAGGGAAGCGAGGGGAAGCAGUUCUGGAAAUGUUUUGAUGGAGGGAAGCAGGACUACUUUAGCCUGCUGGAGGACGACAGGAAAUACGCUAAAUCUCUCAGACUCUUCAACUUAUACGAGGAUCUGAAGCAGUUCUGCUACAAGGAGAUUGAGUACAAUUCGCGCGCCCCUAAGGUGGCUGCCCCCUACCCGUUCCUACAAUCCGACCUCUAUGAGGCCGAGCAACCUGCCCUCUUUAUCCUGGACUCUGUCUACACAGUGUACGUGUGGAAGGGUUGGUGGCCCACACACACCCCUGACGGAGAGGUACUCGCUAACACAGGCUCUGCUGAGACUGACUUUGUGGAGCGGUACAAGCUGACUCUUCACACCGCACUCGCUUAUUCUGAGCUGGAAACUAAGGAGGCACCUAAUAUGGUAGUGGUCAACGCCGGGGCAGAGCCCACAGAGUUCAAAUGUUUGUUCCCCUGGUGGAGGGACUGGCAGGAUGUUCCCAGUGACCUACCAGGCCCAACCCCUCUUGAUCAGGAGCUGAAGAGGUUCCUGCAGACAGAGUUUACUCUGAAGGAACUGCAGGCUAAACCUCCUCCUGUCGGAUGUGACCCUCUCAGACUAGAACAAUAUCUCUCAGUUACUGAGUUCAUGGCGAUAUUCAACAUGAAUAAAAAAGAGUUUCUGGACUUACAGGCUUGGAAACAGAGGAAACUAAAGCAAGUACACGAUCUCUUCUAACUGUCACCAUCCUCUACGACAACCCAUUGUGUUUUAUUGCUUCAGAAUUUAUUUUUAUUUCAUUCCGUUCAUGUUAUUGAUUUCAUUA